AUGGAGCCAUUGUGUGUAAACAGAGUUCAGGAUAGUGUCACAAACAACGUCACCUCAGAUAGUGUACGUCAGAGGUUCCGAGGUUCAGAGGUUCAGAGCGUCAGAGCGUCAGAGAGUCAGAGAGUCAGAGCGUCAGAGAGUCAGAGCGUCAGAGAGUCAGAGCUUCAGAGAGUCAGAGCUUCAGAGAGUCAGAGCGUCAGAGAGUCAGAGCGUCAAGGCGUCAGAGAGUCAGAGAGUCAGAGCGUCAGAGAGUCAGAGCGUCAGAGGGUCAGAGAGUCAGAGCGUCAGAGGGUCAGAGGGUCAGAGGGUCAGAGCGUCAGAGAGUCAGAGGGUCAGAGCGUCAGAGGGUCAGAGGGUCAGAGCGUCAGAGAGUCAGAGCGUCAGAGAGUCAGAGAGUCAGAGAGUCAGAGAGUCAGAGAGUCAGAGCGUCAGAGAGUCAGAGCGUCAGAGAGUCAGAGCGUCAGAGCGUCAGAGAGUCAGAGCGUCAGAGAGUCAGGGCGUCAGGGCGUCAGAGGGUCAGAGAAUCAGGGCGUCAGAGCGUCAGAGGGUCAGAGGGUCAGAGGGUCAGAGGGUCAGACCGUCAGAGCGUCAGGGCGUCAGAGAGUCAGAGCGUCAGAGCGUCAGAGCACAGAUACGUAG